CUGGUCACAAGAUUUGUCUGUAGUAGAAGGUAAGUAAAACAUUGGAGUAGCCUCUUCAAUAAAUAUUUUAUUUCAGUACCUAAUUAUCAAUAAAUUAACUUUCAACUUUUAUGUGUUACUAUCAUAUUAUGCUUUACUAUUAAUUAUUUCACAGUGGGACUCCUAUUUGGUCAAAUACCAUUUAAUUGUACAUAUCACAGUUUUAAUUUCUUCUCCAUUAUGACAUUACUCAGUUCCUCCAAGCUUUUAAAUACAUGGUGCUGCAAGGGCUCAGAACCUUUAUCCAGGUCGGGAUUGAUCAGGACAGCGUGCCAGCCAGCAGCCCGGGCCCCUUGAUAAUCUUUCACAAUGUCAUCUCCUAUGUGUAGUGCUUCAGGUGGUGUUACGGGCACCCUGCACUUUCCAAUAGCACACUUGAAAAUCCUCUCAUCAGGUUUGCUGUAUCCAAUCUCAUAUGAUGUCACUAUGAAAUCAAAAUAUUUUUUCAAGCUAACAUUGUUCAGUAUAUCAUUAAGACGAGGGUCAAAAUUUGAUAUAACCCCAAUUUGUAUUCCCAGAUUCUUGAAGUGAUGCAUUAGUUUUUCUCCACCAGAGGCACUCUGCCAACAUCUGUCUGUUCUAAAUUCUUCAAUGAGCUCGUGAGCAACGGUUGCCACAUCCGUGCCACUAGGAAGGUGGUCUUUCAAAGUCAUGCUAACUACUUGGGUCCACCAUUCUUCCCAUUCAAUGCCUUUUUUUCCAAAGUUGGGAUGUUUUUCCCACAUAUGGUUGAAGCUUUUUUUGAACCUCGUUUUGAUUUGAUCGUCAGGGCCGUUGAAACCGUAGUCCUUGGCGACCUUAGCGUAAUACUGCCAGGCAGGCACUUUGAACUGUAGUAGAGUGUUGGUAACAUCAAAUGUUACUAGCUUGAUGGCCCUUAAACUCAUUAUGUAACUAAUCUCAAUAUUCUAUGUGUAGCACAAUUAAUUCUAAAUCUCACAUGUGUAUUACGAAUCUAUUAUUUAUUAUUUACUUGUAAUGUUUGUUUGUAUUUUUGUUACUUUUCGUGUUUUGACGUAUUACUUUGCCAAGAUAACAAAUGACAAGUGACAAGUCCUAUUUCUAACAAACUUUAAUUUAAUGUGUUACUCAGUUCCCAACAGAAACAAAUAUAUACAAUGAAAAAUGGUUGUCCAAAUAUUAUCAUGGCAUUGUAUGUUUUGUGUGAUAUAUAUGUGAAAACUUAUGUGUACUUUACACAUAAGUUAUACCACGAAACAAACUUAAAAGUACAUUUACAAAAUUCGUUUCGUGCGACGAACUAUUUAUCAAUGUCAGUGUAUAACCUGACUUUGACAUUGGCUUUUGACAUGAUACUUUCAGUCAGUCAGGUUUUAUACGAGUAACCAAAUCUUAUACUGUUGAACCAAACUAUACCAAACAUUGAGCAAUAACAGGUUAAGUGAAUAUAAUUCUACCAAAUAGAUUUUUAUACUGAAGCUAAAGUAUUUGAAAACAGUGCAAAAAGGUGUGAAGUUUAUCCAGAAACAAUGGUGUACAUCAAGGGAGAUGGGACAGUAGUGGAGCGUACUCCCUUCAGCUUGUUUGGGUGGUUCUGGGGCAUUGUCAACUUUAUUUUUUUAUUGUUCCAGACCCUGAUCAACCCUAACUACAGCAAGCAUGGAGACAAGUAUGUGAGAGACUUCAGGCCACCGGGCAGUGGGCCUCCAAAACCACCAUCGAGGAAGUUUGGCGGCUUCGGACCCUCAGGCUCAGGUCCUUCCCCACCUCCAAUGGGAGGCUGUGGCUGUGGGUAACUCCAACAACACUAUUCAUGCCUGUAUCCAAGUAAUUGUAACUUUAAUGAAUAAUGGCUUCUAGGUUAACAAUUUAAAUGUUUGCCCAUCUUGUAGAUUCUGGACUUGUUACAUUCUGUAACAAAAUCUAAAGGACAUUUUGCUACAAUACUUACAUAAUUUACAGUAAAAAUAAGCAAUUCAACAGUAUGUCCUUUGAAUUUGGACUUCAGAUAACUUUGUAGAUUCACAAUCAUAAACAGGCCCCAGUUUGUUCUAUGUGCAAUAGUGCGUCCCGUGAAGAUACAUAGAUCUGAGUAGGAAACCAUUGUAUCUUCUAUAAAUAUUCCACAUUUAUUAUCUCCUAGAUUACGAUAAUUUAGCUUUACUAAAAUACUUAAUGAUUCCUAAAGAUAAUUUUUAAUUGUAUAAGAAAUGAAAUUUUAUGUUACAAAUAAUAGCGAGCUAACUUAAUUAGUUAUUUUUAUAAUGGAAAUUAAAUCUAUUUUUGUCGUGGUCAUAAUUUUAUUAAUCGCGAUGGCAUUUCAUGGAACUUGUUAAUAAAAUAAUCCUCCUAAAUUUACCAAAUUUAUUCUAGAAAUUUUAUUUUAGUUUUCAUAAAUAAAACACAGUUUGCAUCAGAUAACUUGUUUAUUAACACCACACAACUAUUGUAUAGAUGUAAAACUAAAUAAAUAACAUUAACUAUAAACAAAUGGUCUAUUUUAUUCCUUAAAUAUUUCAUGGCGAUUGGUAAACUAAAACAAAUCAAUACUCUGAUUUGUUUUGUUAUGUAGGUAUGUAGGCAAACCAUAUUUCCGACAUAAAUGAAACAUAUUUUGUUGUUACGCGUCAAGUGUACCAACUUUUAACAAUUUAUAUAACAUAGCUACAGAAUCUUUUAAUCUAGUUCACCUACGGCUUAUUCUCAUGGUAUGCAUUGGCAAUCAAUAGCUUAAAAACAAAAUUAUCUUACAUUUAUCAAAAACUGUUACAACUUACUGGAUAUCGCAAGAUAGGCAAGUAUCUAUAUUUAUACAUUUGCAGGAAAUCUAGCUAACUAACUAUAUCACACAAUUGUUCUAUUAGUGCCUAUGUAGGUACUCAAACAUUACUAUUAUAUUUAACAUAUGUGUAAGAAUAACACAAACGGACGGACAGUUGUACUAAAGUUAUUAUACAA